GAAUGAUUCACCGUGAAAAGAUCCCCCCGAAGACGCCCCCAUCUUGUAUAUAUAAAUCAACCAUCAGAACAGAACUGAUUCAGUUUACUUCCAAUCAUGCUACAGUAUCUAUUAGUUGUCUGUCUUAUCAGUUCGGCGCUGGCGGACGAAACCCAGUCUGGUCGAAUCGUUGGUGGUCGCCAGGCAGGGCCUGGCCAGUUCCCGUUCCAGGCUUCACUGCGAAACCAGAGAAAUUCCCACAUUUGCGGAGCAGUUGUAAUCAGCAAUCGUUGGCUGCUGACGGCAUCCCACUGCACCAUUGGCACUCAGGCCUACCAACUUCGUGUCGUUGUUGGUUCCAUCGACCAAUCUUCGGGUGGAGUAAGCUAUAACUUGUUGCAGAAAAUCGAACAUCCGGACUUCAAUGAUUACACUUUGGAAAAUGAUAUCGCUCUGCUGAUGACUGGUUAUCCUAUUGAGAUGAGUCGACUGGUGCAACCGAUCACCAUGGGUAAUACCAUGGUUCCCGCGGGAAAGAUAGCUACGGCCAGUGGAUGGGGCAAACUGCAAGUAGACGCCGCGGCUUCCACUAUGUUGCAAUACAUGGAAGUUAGAACCCUGAACAACCUAGAGUGUAGACUUCGACAUGACGUUCAGAAUCGAGAAAAAGUAAAUGCUGGCAAUUUGUGCACAUUCCUUCGUGUUGGACAAGGUACUUGCAUGGGAGACUCAGGAAGCCCAUUGAUCGUUGAAGGCGUUCUGGUCGGUUUGGUGUCCUGGGGAGUUCCGUGUGCUGUUGGAAAGCCGGAUGUUUAUACCCGAGUGGCAACCCAUCGUGCCUGGAUUUUAAGAACGACUGGAGUUUGAAAAGGGUACAUUGUAGCAUGAGUUAAAAUAGAAUUAUUUUGUAUAAUAACCGCCGUUUUAUCGAUGCAGAAAUAUAUUUUUCACUGUG